AUGGCUACAGUCGCAUCAACAGUUUUAUAUCCCAAGGUUGCUAGUAGGGACUGGGGUACCAGAAAUGGUUUAAACCCAUUGAACAUGAGUCUUUUGUUUGAAGGAUCAGUCCCAAAUUCAAGGAUUUUUUUUGCAGAAAUGCGGUUGAAGGUGACAAUCACACUCCCAAGAGACUGUGCUGGCAUUACUCCAGUUAUAAAGUCAGGACCUUUGGACUUCAUGUACGGCUCCAAUAGCUUACAGUCAGUUCUUUGCCAAAAUCAACGGGGACAAAGUGGUCUGGACAUCCCCCUCUCAUUCUUGCCUCUACACUCCAGCUUCAAUCCUUACAAUGCACAGUGUUGGAUUGGACUGAUGAAUAAGAUUCAGCGUUGGCUGCUGAUAGAAGUUGUUGACAGGCACUCUCUGGAGUGGACUUGGGGUCGAGAGGUUUUCUGGAUGGCGUACAUUGCUGCGUAUCCCGAGUUUCCUAAUGGCCGAUGGACUAUUUGGAGCCUGAAAAUUUCUCCUGAAGGAUCUUUCUUGGAGGGCUGGAUGACAAAGUGCACAUCAGCUGUUCAGGAGGAAAUCAGGUUAUUCAAUGACAAUGUGGACUAUGUAUCAACCAGGGGUGCAAUCUGGGAGAGAUUCCAAGACACAGUUGCCUUGAUUUUUGAUGGCCGUGUAAUUUCUGCUGGUAUAUAG